AUGCGUUUCUCUAUCAUUGUUCUCUGCCUCUCGGCCGUUAUGCCUGCUGUUAUUGCUGCCCCGGUGGCUGAUGGUGCUGUUGUGGAUGGGACCGUUGAGCAAAUCGGCGAUGAGAUCUGGAUUACGAAGCGCUGCUGCAUCCUCUGCGACAAUGGCAACCGCUGUGGCUCAAAUGGUGUUCCGAUGUAG